AUGUCAUUUGGUCCACAAGCUGCUGAAAGAUUAACAAACAAAAUCAUUUUAAUCACUGGUGCUUCUGCUGGUAUUGGUGAAUCAACUGCAUGGGAUUAUGCAAAAGCUUCAAAUGGUGAAAUUAAAUUAAUCUUAACUGCAAGAAGAAUUGAAAGAUUAGAAUCUUUGGAAAAAGAUUUAUCAACUCAAUUCCCCCAAAUUAAAAUCUUGACUAAACAAUUAGAUGUUUCAAAUUUAAAAGAUAUUGAAUCAUUUUUCCAAUCAUUACCAACAGAAUUCCAAGAUAUUGAUAUCUUAAUUAAUAACGCUGGUAAAGCUCAUGGUGUUGAUAAAAUUGGUACCAUCAAGCAAGAAGAUAUAGAUGUAAUGUUUCAAACUAAUGUCUUAGGAAUGAUUUCAAUGACUCAACAUGUGCUACCAAUUAUGAAACAAAAAGAUUCAGGUGAUAUUGUUCAAUUAGGCUCAAUUGCAGGUAGAGAUCCUUAUCCAGGUGGUGGUAUUUAUUGUGCAACAAAAGCUGCUCUAAGAUCUUUUACUCAUUCCCUUAGAAAAGAAUUAAUUGAUACCAAGAUAAGAGUUAUUGAAAUUGAUCCUGGUAAUGUUGAGACUGAAUUUUCAAAUACAAGAUUCUUUGGUGAUUUGGAGAAGGCUAAAAAAGUUUACCAGGGAACUGAACCACUUAUUGCUAAAGAUAUUAGUGAUUUGAUUGUUUAUACCACUACAAGACGUUCAAAUACUGUGAUUGCUGAAACUUUGAUCUUUUCAACAAACCAAGCAAGUGCAAGUCAUUUAUACAGAAAGACUGAUUAA